CUCCCGUUGGAGCUGGGAUUUGGGCGGGCUGGGCAGCUGAGGGAGCGCAGCAGAAUCCCCUCACGCAGCCGGACGCCAAAGCAAGGGCAGGCGACUGGGAGCUCCCAAGAGGGGAGCGGGACCAAUAAAAGCCCCUGCAGCCCCUUCAGAAGCAGAGAGCCCUCUCUCUGCUCUCCUCAGCAACGGGCCUGGACGGCCAAGGCUGCGCCUUCCUUUUCGCGCCCUGCUGGUCGGUCGUUCCUAUCUUCCUCCCUCGCCACCCGCUUCAGCCUGGCGCAGGAGCGGCGCCUUCCCCGUCCCUUCCACCGUCCUCCAAGCCAGCGAGAAUGCUGGCUGAAGGCAGGGAAGGCUCUUUCGUCCUCCUCCGCCCCGCUCCUUUUUCUUGCACACUCCACCCAGAAAGGAGCUAGGGAAAAUAACGACGAGGAGGUGCUUCUUCCCCGCUCUCUCCUUCCUUCCCUGCCUGCCUCCCUCGGCUGCUCCCGCUGCUCCUUUUUCUGCUGCCUGCUGAAAACUGCAGGCAUCUCCUCAUUGCUCAGUGUCAUGGGCGAGUGAGGAAGAUGAUCUCUCUUUUUUGGUCUUGAGGGACAUUUUUUUUUAAGUGGGCAGGAGGGAAUCACCUAUUCUGCAUCUUGAGGGGUCGUAGUGGGACGGUCCUCUGAUGAUUCUCGGCCAUGGGGAAGGACCAGGAACUGCUGGAAGCCGCUCGCACUGGGAAUGUGGCUUUGGUGGAGAAACUCUUGGCUGGCAGGAAAGGAGGGCUCCUGGGCAGUGGAUCUGGACCUAUUCCGUUAUCCAACUUGCUGAGCAUCUGGCGUGGACCAAAUAUAAACUGCACGGAUAGUUCGGGGUACACUGCUUUACAUCAUGCAGCUUUGAAUGGUCACAAGGAUGUAGUUAUCAAGUUACUUCAAUAUGAAGCAUCCACCAAUGUGGCAGAUAAUAAAGGGUAUUUUCCUAUACACUUGGCUGCCUGGAAAGGAGAUGUGGAGAUUGUGAAGAUUCUAAUCCACCAUGGGCCAUCACAUUCCAGAGUGAAUGAACAGAACAAUGAAAAUGAAACAGCUUUACAUUGUGCAGCCCAGUAUGGACACUCUGAAGUGGUAGCUGUUUUGCUUGAAGAACUUUCUGAUCCAACAAUAAGAAACAACAAAUUAGAGACACCAUUGGAUUUGGCAGCUUUAUAUGGCCGUCUGCGAGUAGUGAAGAUGAUAAUCAAUGCAUAUCCAAACUUGAUGAGCUGUAAUACGAGAAAACAUACUCCUUUGCACCUUGCAGCUCGUAAUGGUCACAAAGCUGUUGUACAGGUUCUACUAGAAGCUGGAAUGGAUGUCAGCUGCCAAACGGAAAAGGGGAGUGCAUUACAUGAAGCAGCUUUAUUUGGAAAAGUGGAUGUGGUACGCAUUCUGCUUGACACAGGAAUUGAUGCCAACAUAAAGGACAGUUUAGGCAGAACUGUUUUAGACGUUCUUAAAGAACAUCCAUCACAACAAUCACUCCAAAUUGCUGCACUACUUCAAGAGUAUAUGGAAACAGGAAAUGCAACAGUUCCAGAAGAACCCAUACAGGAAUGUCCAGUGACAGAUCACCAGUCUUGUGUUUUGUCUCCAGAGGUUUCUCCUACACAAACAACAAAAAGUGAAGCUGUGACUGGAGAGUUAUCAAAGCUCUUAGAUGAAAUCAAAUUGUGCCAAGAAAAGGAUUAUUCUUUGGAAGAGUUAUGCCAGACAGUUUCAGACCACUACUCGGAUAAUGCUAACAAAGUGUCAGAAGAACCAGUGAUGAAUGGAUGCCAAACCAAAUCUAAUGUAGGACCAUCUUCAACAAAUGUAUCACCAGGAGCAGAAGAAGAAGAAGAUGGAGGUGAAAAUACCUGUGGACCUACUGGUUUGUGGGAGGCACUCACACCCUGUAAUGGAUGCAGGAAUCUUGGAUUCCCCAGCCUCACUCAGGAAUCAUUUCCAAAGAAGAGGAGUUAUACACUGGAAGCAGUGCCAUCUGCCUCUUCUGAGGCAUUUCCUGUAGAAAAUGAGAAUGAUCUCUGUGAUUUUCUGGAUACAACAGUUACAAAGAAACCGUGUUCUUUAGAAAUAACAAGAGGACAUUCCUCAAAGACAGAUAAUGCACCUCAAGUAGCAAUUAUUGCACCAGGUACCAGUAACCAUAGAAACAGUUCAACAGGCCCAACACCUGACUGCUCUCCUCCAUCACCAGAUACUGCACUGAAAAAUAUAGUGAAAGUUAUACGACCUCAGCCAAAGCAACGUACAUCAAUAGUAGCGGCUUUUGAAUUUCACCGAUUAAACCACAGCCAUGAUUAUUUUGAAAUCAACUCAUCCAUAGGCUAUGCAAGCUUUACUUCCAGCCCUCCAAUCAGUCCAGCUAACUAUUCAAUUGGAUCAGUUGAGGGCAGCAUUGAAGACAAUGAUAUUACAGAAACACAACAAACAUCUAUUGAAAGUGAGCAUCUUGAGGCACAUCCUUCUGAGCAGUUUGCUGGUCUACUUCAUGGAUCAUCACCUGCUUGUGACCCACCUGAAAAUCCAUUUCAGCUGUAUAGAAAAGCAAGUCCUGCUGAUGAAUUAUCCCAUGAAACUGGUGUGAACAGGAGUUUUUUGCAGGCAACCCCGCUACAGCAAGAAAACAAUACUGAUUCUCCAGUUAAAAAGAAAAAGCCACCAAUUUUAAACAGAACUGUAUUUUUAUCUAAAGGCAAUGUAGGAGAAACUAACACACUAGCUGGCAUUACAAGAACUGGAGACCAGUGGGUUGCUAACGCUGCAGGGUUUGUAGAACGUGCUUGCACACUUGGGAGAAUACGGUCUUUGCCAAAGACUCUCCUUGAUAUGCAUUUAUCCAAAUACGUUUCAAAAUCGGACUCUAAUCUCAUUUCCUACCCACCAACUGAGCAAAAGGGAAGAAGAAACUGGAGUGAAUCUACAGCAGAUCCUGGUAGUUCUAGAGCAAAUUCUGAAAGAACACCAUCAUUUACUUCUGAAUGGGAAGAAAUUGAUAAAAUAAUGAGUUCCAUAGAUGUUGGUAUAACCACUGGACUAGGAGAGAUCAAUAAUGGAAUUUCAAUUCCUAGAUGCCCUGGCCAGACUGUGGGACAAUGGUUGGAAAGUAUUGGGCUACCUCAGUAUGAGAACCACUUGCUGGCUAAUGGAUUUGACAAUGUGCAAUUUAUGGGAAGCAAUGUUAUGGAGGAUCAGGAUCUCUUGGAAAUUGGAAUUCUUAAUUCUGGCCACAGACAAAGAAUUCUACAGGCAAUUCAGCUUCUUCCAAAGAUGAAACAGAUAGGCAAUGAUGGCUACAAUCCCACCUCUGUGGCAGAAUGGCUAGAUUAUCUGGAACUGGGAGAUUAUAUCAAACCAUUUCUCAUAAAUGGCUAUACAUCGAUGGACCUUGUGAAAAAAAUCUGGGAUAUUGAGCUAAUCAAUGUAUUAAAAAUAAGUCUGCUUGGCCAUCGAAAACGCAUAUUGGCAUCUCUGGGAGAUAGACUUCACGAAGAUCCACCUCAGAAACCACCACGAUCUAUAACCCUCAGGGAACCCAGUGGUAAUCACACUCCUCCUCAGUUGUCUCCCUCACUCAGCCAAAGCACUUAUACUACUGGUGGCUCAUUGGACGUACCACACAUUAUCAUGCAGGGUGAUGCAAGGAGAAGAAGAAAUGACAGCUAUUUUGAUGAUAUUCCCCGGUCAAAACUGGAAAGACAGAUGGCACAGUCUUCUGUCUGUGAGAUUUGGACCAGCCAGAAUGCAGGAUAUCCUUACACAGCAGUUCAUCAGGUUCAUAAUACUGGAGACUGGGGCGAACCAUCAAUUACUUUACGACCUCCUAAUGAAGCGACAGCAUCAACACCAGUACAAUACUGGCAGCAUCAUCCAGAGAAACUCAUCUUCCAGUCAUGUGAUUACAAAGCAUUUUAUUUAGGUUCCAUGCUGGUAAAAGAGCUAAGAGGUACAGAAUCGACGCAGGAUGCUUGUGCAAAAAUGAGGAAGUCAACAGAACAAAUGAAGAAGGUCCCUACCAUUGUUUUAUCAGUCUCUUAUAAGGGAGUAAAGUUUAUUGAUGCAACAAAUAAGAAUAUUAUUGCUGAACAUGAGAUUCGUAACAUUUCCUGUGCUGCACAAGACCCUGAAGACCUCUCUACCUUUGCUUACAUCACAAAAGACUUGAAGACAAAUCACCAUUACUGCCAUGUGUUCACAGCCUUUGAUGUGAAUUUAGCCUAUGAAAUAAUUCUCACAUUGGGACAGGCAUUUGAGGUAGCCUACCAGUUAGCACUUCAAGCACGAAAAGGAGGCCAUUCUUCAACUCUUCCUGAAAGCUUUGAUAAUAAACCUACAAAACCAAUUCCCAAACCACGUGUUAGCAUUCGAAAAUCUGUGCAGAUAGAUCCCACUGAACAAAAGACUCUUGCCAACCUACCAUGGAUUGUAGAACCAGGACAAGAAGCUAAAAGAGGAAUUAAUACCAAGUAUGAAACCACAAUUUUCUGAUAGUGAAUUGUCCUCUAUUUCUUGUUGUGCCUUGCACUCAAAGCAGUCAUAGCACAGCCUUUCCUUGACGGCAACUCUUCAGUCUAGUAGAGGGGAAGACUGCACUAUAUGAGUGGCCUUGAAAUUAGCAAAAACAUAACAAUGAGGAAAAAAAGGCUGCUGGUCAUUUCUGGUGAUUGUUCCUCCUUGCCGCAUUGACAGAAGAAUGACAUGGGAUGAAGACUUUCCAAUUACAGCCCACAAGAGGAGUGGGAGAUUGUUUUCACGCACGCACUUCUCUUUGGACUUUGCCACAGUGCUUUCUUUGAUUUCAUAUUCUAACAUUCUAAUUUUACAAAGGUGUCUACCAUUAAUGCUGCUUAGUAAUACAACAUUCUGUUGUGUGUUGUUUUUUAAUUUAAAACAUGGCAGUUUUUACAAUUUGAAACAAACCCAGAUUAUUUAAUAUGCUAGUUCAGAACUUUUACAAAGUCAUGGGAGUCAUAUAUAAAUUAAUCCUACUGUUCUAAUAUAUUUUAAAACAUUCAAAAUGUAUUAGCAUCCCUGAUAUGUUAUCUGCUGGUUUUAUAUAAUCUUCAUACCAUUUAAUCCUGUAGAGGAAUGAGGUUCUGUAUAGCUGUGUGUCAAAGAAUCAAGAGUUUUAUGAAUGGUUUACAAAAGAGAAAAUAAUAAUAAUGCAUGAAAAUGCACCUUGCAUUAAUUAUUUUUGUGGGAUAGAGGAAAACUAUAAGUAUGAAUAUUUAUGAUAAAGAAAGUCAUUAACUAUUAAUAGAGUUUGGGUUUAUUUUAAAAUAAAAUAAACUGCUGCUGUACUAUUUGCAACAGAAGUAAGAAGAGGUAGCAUCAGUAUACUAGAUGGAUGAUUCACAGAAGCUGCCCAGUGAUUGCACUACUGGUACACGCAACUGUACAAUUUUUUUCAAGAUGAUAGCCAUGAGUUUCAGUUUUUAAAAAUCUGAAAGAUGGUUUUAAUCACAAACAAGAAUUUUAUCAAAUUUUAUGUCUGAGAAAGUUGGUUUUAAUGAAAAAAAAUUCAAUUCAAAAUGUUUUUCCUAAAUAAAAGUUACAAAUUCCAAAGUAAUAAAUUAUUUCCAUAAAUCCUGUUGAACAUUAGCUUGACAUUUGAAUUAAUAAAAUGUCCUUACUUUUCCUUUGAAGUAUUUUAAUUUUUUAAUGUCUUUGUGGAAUAUUUGUAUAAUAACAUUCUGUAUAUUUCAGUGGAACUGAAUGAAUUAUGAAGUAAAACUAUCACUCAUAGGCGAAAAAUGGCAUUUAAUGUAUAUUCUAUCAAGUCAAAUUGUGAGUCAUUUUGAACAUCAUUAUAGAGAUAUUGAUGAGUAGUGUGGUUGACUUAAUGUUUUUUAUUAUUCUUUCAUAUUUAACUGAAAGGAUUCAGUUACUCUUAACUGAAUUUUUAACAAAAUUGAUAAUGGAACUUGAUUUAAAAUUGAAAAUUGUAUAUGGUUUAGUUGAACCUAAUCAUAGCGCUGAAUGACAAAAAAAACCCUUUUAAUACAGUAUUCAAUUUACUUGAAACAAUCAGCUCCUUGUAUAUAUUUUGCCUAUUCAUUGUUCAUAUGUAUGUAAGUAGGCUGACAGUGAACACUGACAAAUAUAGUACCAAAAGGAACACUGUAUAGGAGAAAAGUAAAUAGUAGCCUCACUGCAACAAAUACUUCUAUGUAAAUAUGCUUGGGCUUCCAGUAAUAAAUUUUGUAAUUUUUGUCAUUAUUUAUAUCCUAUGAAAGCACACAAAAUAAAUUGGAAGUUGUACAGUUAA